UCCGUCUUUCUCACCACCAUAAACAACAACGCUGAAGAUAUCAAACUGCUACCCAUCACUGCUACUCUUAUUUGCUUCCUUUCUUCCGUCGCUCAGACUCCUGCCAGUCGUGCUGACUCUCCAAACAACACCUAUCCUCACUUCCCUGCCUCGCUGCUUGCUUCGGUCCGACCUUGUCGAUCACCGAACCCUUCAUCCACUUCACCAACCUUAGCUGUCCCGUCGUUCGUCUACAGCUCCACCAUCUACACUCUCGCGUCGCGCAAUCUGCUCGCCGCCAGACCACUAUCUCAGAGCUUCGUCACAUCGUGAUCGUGAGUUGGCCUACUUCCUGUCUCCCUUUCGAUACCACCGCAGUCGCGUUACGACUACUUGUCCUUGACCUCUGACUCACACCUUCACAGGAGAGCUCUACCCCAGUCAACCUCGAAUAACAAUGGCCGCCAUCCCAACCAAGCCCUUUUCCAGCCUCAGUGCUGCUGUCGCCGCUGGCAAGCAUGCCGACUUCAACUUUCGCCAGGAGUCUGCUAACGCUGCUGCCUCGGCCAGCAAGCCUGAUUUCUCGGCUUAUCCUCUCAACCUUCCCACUCCUCCAAACUCCUUGUCGCCAGAGCUGCAUGCUCACAAGGGCCAUCGCACCUCUUCCAUCGCGCUCGAGUCUGAGAUAGACCUUCAGGAUGCGGUUGAACAUGCUCAGGCGCAGGACCAGCCCACGGCUCUUUCCAGCGCUGCCUUGUCCGGCCUGGAGGCGUCUGCUGUCAUCACUCCUUCUAUGCUCGCGAAGCAUCACCUUCCCGAUAUCCUCCUUCCGAAUGGCCCCAUGGCUAUUCGAUACAUUCUCAACUGCUUGACGCAGUCGGUACCAGGCUUCUCUAGUAUACCACCACCCAAGGCCCGCAGGCUCGUGGUUAGCGCACUGGAGAUCCGGGGUGGCGGAGGCCUGAAUGGUGACGUCGAGUUCGAGAAGGUUGGCUGGGGUCGCUGGGAUGCGAGAACCCGCGGUCAACCUCCUCGAGAAGGCCGCGGCAGUCUCCAACCAGGGUCCUUCCCUGUCUCGGAACGCGCGCGACUUGGAAUGUCCCCACCCUUGAGCGUCGCAGACUCGUACGCCAUGUCGAGUGCUGGUCUUCAGAUACCAGAAGCUACGCGUCGACAGCGACACGAUAAAUUUGGGGGAUCUUGGGCCGCCGACUCCAUGCUUGAAAAUGACCUGGAAAUGGACAUAGGAAUGAAUGUCGCGGAACACGAGGCCGACAAGAUGUCAUUGGACGGAUCCGAAGACUCGCUCGACUCGGACACUUCGUCUUCCGCUGAUGAAGGUGUACCAGGGCGCGAAAUCAACAUGGAGGAUGAUGACGCGACUGACGAGGAGGACUGGGCCGCGAUUGGUCCGGAGGCCCUGAAACACGGGUCUUUGUUCUACGGUAGCCCAAAGAACACCAACAGACGUGCUUCAACAGCACGCAUGAGGUCUUCUAACAGUGCCGGAGUGGGACAGGCGAAAUCCGUCCCGCGCCCCAGAAUUUCAUCCUACGACAACCGCACGCAUUCGUAUAAUCACUCGCAUGUGCGUCCCCAGAUGGAACGGCGCUCCGUCUCUGCUGUGCACGCUUCGAAGAUGUUUACCGCCAGAUCUCACAAUUCUCCGGCAUUUCCGAUUUCUUCUCUCCGUGGAGGAGCGGCAAGCCAACACGUGGACCUCGCCAUCAGCAAGAACAGCCCUGAACGUGAAGCCAUCGAAGCGCUUCUCAAGAUGGGAAGCAUGUGAGCUAUCCGAAUUAUACGACAUGCGCAGGCGCAUCGGCGGCGCAUGCCGAUACAACAUGAUUACACGUCAUA